AUGAAUAACCGAUUCGCUGGAAAUAAGCAAAGUAAUUUAGAUUCUGCUUUCAUGGGAUCAUCCAGAGAUGGGUUUCCACAAGUAGGACCAGAAUCCCUCGAUGGCUUGCAUUUGAUGAAGAUACUUCGAAAUGUAGGGGGAGAGAAGCCUAGGCGUUCCCAUGAUGAGGCUAUGUUCUUUGCUGUGGAUGAAGAGUCUCACACUAGAAUUAAAGGGUCUGGAAUUUUGAGCUCCAUUAACGCCAGCAAUGAAGUCUCUGAAAGAAACCCAUCUGGGGUGCUGCUGCCUGGUGGUAAACAGAAGUCCGGAACUCAUAAUUCUGAGCCAGAAUCUUUGACUCCGAGACCUAGUCAACAUGGAUCAAUAUCUUCUAGUCGCCAAAUGACUAUAUUUCAUGGUGGUCAAGCCCAUGUUUUUGAUGAUAUUCACUCGAACAAGGUUCGCAAGCCUGCUGGAUUGAAGACAAAUGGUUAUUUGCUAGUUAAUGAAUGA